CAACAUAGUUGAUCAUUUGUCACUUCACCAAAGGACACGAACACUGUUGUUUGUAGCAUGCAGUUUUAAUUUUACUUUAUUUAUUUUUAUAUUUAAAGUUUAUAACAUAUACCUAUAAUUAUUGUUUUAUAUAUACAAUUAAAUAACAUUAACUAUUAGAAUUGCAAUAAAUAAUAUUAUGAUAAUUGUUACAGCAAGUAGUGUUUUAUUAAAAUGUCAUUAACAAUAUGCCUACUUCAAGCAAUUGCGUUUUUGGAUUUGUUAGCAGUUGGCCUUAUAGUCCCACUGGUACCUAGCCAUGUUCGGAAGAUGGGUGCCAACCACAUCUAUGUGGGCUUACUUGGUUCCAUAUACUCAGGGUUCCAGUUGGGUUCCGGACCUCUUAUAGGAAGUUUAAGUGAUUUAAAAGGCCGUAAAACAAUAUUAAUUAUGACUUUAUUGAUAUGUGGUGCUGGAUAUACAAUUCUUGGAAUAACAGAAUCAAUAUUUGUUAUAUUGUUUCUAAGAGCAGUGUUGGGAUUAUUUAAACAAACACAAAUGUUAACGAAAGCACUUGUGCCCGAUUAUGAAACGAAUGAGGCGAGGCAAGCUGAGAUUUAUGGUAAAAUGGCUGCAAUAUCAAGUGCAGGUAUUACAUUGGGACCUGUCAUUGGAGGACACAUUGUUGAGGACCAUCCAGAAAACGGUUUUACAUUUAUUGCAGCGGUGUGUGGCAUCGGCUUUGUUGUUAAUGCAGGAUUGUCUUAUUUUCUGCCAAAACCACUUACAAGACAAAAGAAAAAAAGCAGGGGAAAUGAAGAACAAGCUAUUAAUCUUUUGUACACAUUUUUCAGUAGUAUCAAACAGUCAUUUGUAGAACUGUACAAAGUUGAGUGGUCUAUAUAUUGGGAUGUAUUCUUGUUCAAAGCCUUAGUUGGAUUCGCAAUGGGUGUUUAUUAUUCAAACUAUUCCCUUUACCUACAAUCAACUUAUAAUCUCACACCAAAAUACGUAGGUUAUGUGAUAUCUUUCCAAGGAAUUAUAGGUUCUGUAUCCAGUUUCUUUAUAGGAUUUAUUAAUAGUUUUUAUAAAAAAGACGAAGACUAUAGUCAGAGAAAUUUCCAUGUAUUUGUAUUAUUGAGUAUGUCAUUACUCGGUUUGAUUUUGUCAUUCAAUAUUUAUAUCUAUGUGAUUUGGUUAGUUCCUUUAGCAAUAAGUAAUGCUAUAGCUAGGUUGGUGACAUUGGAGAUGGUGUUAAAGAGGAGUCACGGUGACCACAGAGGAACUUUAAUAGGAGCUUCCAACAGUGUCAGGUCGUUAGCAGGGGUGGUAGCACCUAUGGUGUCAGGAUAUAUUGGACAUUACUUCGGUGUGAGAUAUGUUAUAUAUGCGUCACUAGUAUCAGCUGUUAUAGGUCUUUCAAUGAGUUGCCAUUUUAGAAGAAAAAGAUUAAAAAUUGAUUGAUACUAUAUUUCAUUAAUAAAUAUUUUAUUAUUAAUGAA